GCUAUUAGUUUGCUUUGUCAAUGUUGGCGCCAGCUUCAGAAUCACAGCUUUGAAAUCAUUGCGCAAGGUUGUUGAAACUGUUCAUGCAGCCGUUUUGCAAGUCUCUACUGAUUCUGUAGCUCGUCAAACUAUUUUCUGCUCAAAUUUGCUCUGGUGUUUGAGAAGGGACACCACUUCAAGGACGUAUUGAAGUGGUGUAGUCGGAAUGGCGGACUUGGAGACGACCGCAGGAAAGCCCAAGGACACUGAUGUAGGAUUGCCCAAGGCUACUGUCCACAAAGUCGUGCGCGAGAUGUUUCCGCCCGAUGCACGGCUGUCGAACGAAGUCAAGGAUCUUCUUGCAGAUUGCUGCACAGAAUUCAUCACUUUGGUCUCGUCGGAAGCUAACGAACUUUGCGACAAGGAGAAGAGGUCCACUCUCAUGCCAGAGCACGUGCUGGCUGCCUUGGAGAACCUCGGUUUUGCGAACUUGCUGGACGAAGUCAAGGAGACGUGGCGGCAGCACAAAGCCGCAAUGCUGGAGUCUCCAAAGCCGAUGGACAAGUGGUCCAAGCAAGGGCCCAAAAUGUCGGACGAAGAGGCCAUCGCCGCCCAGCAGAAAAUGUUUGCUGAGGCGCGUGCGCGGAUGCAGACCAAGAGCCCGCUGGGAGAGUCGUUGUGACGCGCGUCGGGUGGUGCCGAACGCAUAUGGCGCUUGCGUUGAGCUCGCAGCCGGUUGCGAGUUCACGUGAUGAUCGCGGGAUGGGGCCACGAAUGCUGUGAACAUCGGUCGCAUAUUGGCAGGCACAAUCGGUUGUAUGUCGGCCCUUGAAUUUUGGAGAAGCAAAGAUGGGGAACGGAAUGGUAUCGACGAUAAAAAUUUGGAAGGAGCCGAAACAGCAGUUGGUCCAAUGGAGCCCGGCGGUUCAAGUACAACCUUUUUACAAUAGCAAGCAACUCUUCGUCGAAAGCAAGCAUCGGGGCUUGCCCAAUAGUACUUCAACGGUCAAAAGAACAUCGAAAUCCGAGGUGACAAUCAUUGACAAAAUAACCAGCCUCUCACUCGUCGGUAGCCGAAAGGAGCUCAAGGACGUUGUGACAGGAGAUCUUCACCGGGCCCUCUUCCGAUUAGCAAGCGUGCUACGCGAAGAGAGCUCUGGAUCGUGAGUCGUAUUGAAGAAACGAGUUUGUGUACUUUAGCAGACAGCAGGGAAAACCUUCUGCCAAUACAGUAUAGUGACAUAGACAAUCCUAAACCUUUACUCGAAGCCUGUGCGUGCAUGAUUUCAAAUUCCAUGGGUGUGGACCGUA